AAGUGUCGUCUUUACACUGCAAAAGCAACAUGUAUCCACAGAUCCACUGGCAUUGAGACAAAUGUAAAAGUGUUAAACAUAUAAACAUUUUAUUUCUGUUUUAACAAAAUACAUCUUUCAUUAUAAACCAAAACAUGCACAGAGGUGGCAUUUUUAUAUUUAAAUUAUAUUUAGAUUUAUUUAAAGAGAAAAGCAUAUUGAGUGUUUAAGAGUCUGAGACAGAAGCAGAUGUGGACCGAAUUAAAACACAAUAUAUUAAGGUGUUGGGUUUUCAAAGUCUUUCAUCUGACAGGUGUUUCCAAAAAAAACAAAAGUUAUAUGGUUUAAUGGAUGUUUUUGUCCUUUUUGCUUAAAAGUACAAUUUUACUACAAUGUUUUGGUCCCUUAAGGUGAAAGAAGAAAUAUUCUUGAUCUUCUAAAAUACAUAUGUAUGGUACUAUGGACCGCUUUAAUGGCUAAAAUAUUUCUAAAUUGAAUUGCAUGCAUUUGAUUUGAACAAGUAACUUAUUUUCUCGAUGUCUUAACAUUUUAAACAAUCAACAUGACCAGGAGUAACAGUAUGAUUUUUUUUACCCUGAAUUAUGUAAAAAAAGCAUACAAUUUUCCAAAAUAAUUCGGUAUAGUAAGGAAAUGCAACUUGUCACGAAUCUUACACCCCUGCCCUAUUUACAGACGUAAUAUCUACUUUUAUAGCACUGAUUUAUGAUAUUAUAAACUUUAAUGCUUUCAUAUUUCAUUUUGAUAGUGUGUUUAAUAAAUAGUUGUAGACUGACUAUAGUGAAAAUGCCAAAACUUUUUUACAAAGAGAAACAGACAUGUUCCUGCACAUUGAGAGAUUUUUCACUGUGCGCUUUCAGCUAUCUUAAAGAAUAAAAAGAAGAAAAUAAAAAAACGAGAGCUCCUCCUGCACCCCAAAACACCACAGGGCUGAAUCUUUACAUGCAUGUUUUGGUUUAAACUUUUGGAUAGUUUACGUACCGUAACAUGUAAUCAAUGCUAAAAUACCUGUGUGCUGCUUGUUUUGACUUGAGUGUGCAUUUAAAUCAGGCGGUCUGUUUCACGUCUGGAUGUGAGGAGAGUUAUACCCGUACAUAAACCCCUUGGUUGAGUUCACGGCGGACAUGGGGAACCUCUGGCUGGGCCUGUUCACGCUGCUGCAGCCUGCUGUUCUGUGCGGCUCCCCGCUGCCGUCUCCAGGACUGUCCGAUCGAGGUGACCUGGAGUUUGCAGAGGUUUACCUGGAAAAAUUCUACAACUAUAAGCCUGUAACUGGCCGACGGGAGCGUGCGGCAGAGCCUGACUCAUUCAGGGUCAAACUGAGGCAGAUGCAGCACUUCUUUGGCUUGGAAGAGAGCGGAGAUGUGGAUCCGCAGACCGUAGCGGCUAUGAGAAGAGCUCGCUGUGGUCUCUCUGACGUAGAGCCGUUCAGAAAGACGAUGAGAUGGACAAACAGAACUCUGACAUACAGAAUCUCCAGACUCAGCUCAAAGUUGACCGCUGCACAGGUCAGGACAGCCUUCAGACAGGCAUGGAAACUCUGGGCUCAAGCGGUGCCUUUGAAAUUCCGCAGACAGAGAAGGUGUGACGCAGACAUCGUCAUUUCCUUCAAUAACAAAGAUCAUGAAGAUGGGUCACCGUUCGAUGGUGAGGGAGGUAUCCUGGCGCAUGCUUUCUUCCCCGGACCAGGCAUUGGUGGAGAUGUGCACUUCGAUGAUGAGGAGGCCUGGACAACAGAUAGCAAGGGCUGUAACCUCCUUGCUGUGGCGGUGCAUGAGUUCGGACACGCUCUCGGCCUUCAACAUUCAUCAGAUCCUGGAGCCAUCAUGUUCCCAGCCUAUAAUUUUGGCUUGCACACUGUUUUGCAACUGUCUUUCCAGGACGUCAAAGAUAUACAGGAAAUUUAUGGUAAAAGGAAAAUCAGUCUGGACAGACUACCUCCGAAAACACCGGAUAAAUGUGAUCCGAGGCUCUCAUUCGACGCCGUCACUGGCAUGCAACAGGAGCUGGUUUUCUUUAGAGACAGGUUUAUGUGGCGGGUACAUCCCAGCUUUGAGCAAAUAGGAAUCACACUAAUAACCAGUUUGUGGCCUGACCUCCCAGCUCACAUAGAUGCUGCCUACGAGAACGCAAACAGAAACAGCAUGCUAGUUUUCAAAGGCUCUCAGUACUGGGAGGUGAGCUCUCUCCAGGUAAAGCGUGGCUAUCCGAGGAACAUCUCGGAAUUUGGAUUCCCGUCCACUGUUAAGAGCAUCGACGCAGCUUUGUAUUUCCGGGAAACACAUCUCACAGAUUUCUUCACUGGUGGAGAAUGCUGGAGGUUUGAUGAAGAUGCAGGGAGGAUAGUGGAAGGUUUUCCCAAACCUAUCGCACACGAAUGGCCAGGAGUUGAGUCUCCCGUGGAUGCUGCCGUAGCUCAUGAUGGAAAUAUUUACUUCUUCGUGGGACCUCAGCAGCUGGAAUUCAACCCUAAAAUUAGACAAGUAACGAAGACAGCGGCUGCAAACACGUGGCUUCAGUGCCGAGAAAUUAAAAGCAGUUGAUCAGUAACACACCAUUUAUGGUGAUGGGAACCAAAUUGCGAAUUAUUUUGUUGCUUCCACCUUGUCUGGCUCGAUGG